AUGGCCGCAGCUUCUGAAGCCAUUUCUCAACGUAUUCCAGUUGUGGAUUUUGUUCUUGAUCUUCGAGAUGCACGUAUACCAUUAUUAUCAGAAUGUGAGAUAUUUAAGAGAUUAUCAACUUCUUCCUCGUCUCGACGCAUCAUUGUUUUGAAUAAGGUGGAUUUGGCCAGGGGCUCCCAAGUCAAGGAAUGUUUAAGGCAUUUUGAAGGACAAAAAUUUUCAGUUUUCAGUGUGAAUUCACAUAAUAAAGAUAACAUUCAUGAGUUUCUAAACUUCCUGCAAGGCCAAGUCAGAGCUUUGAAGAAAUCAGAGCCUCAACGCCAUACCAUAACAAUGAUGUUGGUUGGAAUUCCUAAUGUUGGAAAAUCAUCUCUUGCAAAUUCAUUGCAUCAAAUUGGUCGGAUUAGUGCGACAGGUAUAGAAUAUCACAAUUCCUGGCAUGCAGUAGUGAGUCCGUUGCCUGGUGAGACAAAGGAAAUCUCUGGUUUAAAGUUAAUUGACUUUAAUAGUGGUUGUUUGAAUUUGAAGAGUUCAAUCAUGUCUAGUAGUGGGGCUAGUGGCUUCGAUUCAUGCAAUGUAAGUGGUGAUGCUACAAAUGAAGAGGGUGAUUUCGGUUCUUAUCCUUUGUGGAAAUAUGUUGCUAAGGGGAAAAAAUGA